CCUUUCCCUAUAAAUCGUCGUCUCUUUCUCUCUUCCUUUUCAAUUCAAGUCUUCGCAGUCCAACCCACAGUUUAAAACUUUGUAAAAUUCCCUUUUCACUUCUCUUCUUCAACUUUCAAUUUCUAACAUGGGUAAGAGCGUCUUGGUCACCGGUGGCGCCGGUUACAUUGGGAGUCACACGGUGCUUCAGUUGCUCCUGGGCGGUUAUAAGACCGUUAUUGUCGAUAAUUUGGAUAACUCUUCUGAAACCGCCGUCACUAGAGUGAAGCAACUUGCCGGUAAUUUUGGGAGCAAUCUUACUUUUCACAAGUUUGAUCUCCGGGACAAGCCAGCACUGGAGAAAUUGUUUUCCAAAACAAAGUUUGAUGCUGUCAUCCACUUUGCUGGACUGAAAGCCGUUGGGGAAAGUGUGCAGAAACCAUUGCUCUAUUAUAACAAUAAUCUUAUGGGAACAAUUGUUCUUCUGGAAGUUAUGGGUGCCUAUGGGUGCAAAAAUCUGGUUUUUUCAUCAUCAGCUACUGUCUAUGGUUGGCCAAAGAAAGUUCCAUGUACAGAAGAGUUCCCCCUGCAGGCAGCAAACCCUUAUGGGCGUACCAAGCUUUUCAUUGAAGAGAUAUGCUGUGAUAUCCAUCGUUCGGGCCCUGAAUGGAAGAUUAUAUUGCUAAGAUACUUCAACCCUGUUGGUGCACACCCAAGUGGUGAAAUUGGUGAGGAUCCACGUGGAAUUCCAAACAAUCUUAUGCCUUUUGUGCAGCAAGUUGCUGUUGGCAGGCGUCCGGCCCUGACAGUUUAUGGAACUGAUUAUUCAACCAAGGAUGGUACUGGGGUUCGUGAUUACAUUCAUGUUAUUGAUUUAGCCGAUGGCCACAUUGCUGCAUUGCAGAAGCUUGAUGAUCCUAGUAUAGGUUGUGAUGUAUUCAACUUGGGAACUGGAAAAGGAACAUCGGUUUUGGAGAUGGUUGCAGCAUUUGAAAAGGCCUCUGGAAAGAAAAUUCCUAUUGUAAUGGCUGGAAGGCGACCUGGUGAUGCCGAAAUUGUUUAUGCAUCAACAGAGAAAGCAGAACGUGAAUUGAAUUGGAAGGCAAAAUAUGGCAUUGAUGAGAUGUGUCGGGAUCAGUGGAACUGGGCGAGCAAGAACCCUUAUGGUUACGGAUCUCCUGAUUCUACUAACUGAUCAUCAAGAUUCUUCAUCAUCUUUUAACUCCACUGUCUCUAGUUGUCAUUUAUGUAAACUAAAUUAGCAUAUACAUUAGAAGUGUUUAAUCCGAGAACCAUUGUGGUGUCUGUUAACCUAUCACUAUAAAGUGUCCAACCAAUGCUGCGUUCGGUUGCUUUCUUCUGGUAUGAAAAUUCCAGUAGAUAUAUAUGUACUUUGCAGUAAAUUGUUAUCCCUCAAUAUAUUUUAGGUGCACAUCAGUGUCACCAAUUUAAG